UGCUUAAUUGACUUCAGCACCCCACGUGUAAACGGAGGACUUCCCCGCUUCCUUUUCCUUCCGUCGGGCAAAAGGGUGACAAAAUGGGUAAAGUGAAAUGUUCGGAACUAAGAAAGAAAGAGAAGAAGGAGUUGCUGAAGCAACUGGAGGAGCUCAAGACUGAGCUUACCCAUUUACGAGUAGCAAAGGUUACGGGAGGAGCGGCUUCGAAGCUUUCCAAAAUCCGAGUUGUGCGGAAAGCAAUUGCCCGAGUAUAUAUCAUUAUACAUCAAAAACAGAAGGAAAAUCUACGACUGUUGUUUAAAAACAAAAAGUACAAGCCUUUGGAUUUGCGACCAAAGAAGACAAGAGCUUUACGACGAGUAUUAACACCAUACCAGCGCAGUCGCAAAACAUUGAAGGAAAUACGCAAACGAUCUGCGUACCCACCCCGAAAAUAUGCUGUAAAAACGUAAAUAAGUUUCUUCUUGCAUAUUGAAAGCAGUAAAUUAAUAAAAGCUUUUCUGUAUUCGA